AUGCGGAGUUUCCGGGCCGUUUGGAGUCCACAGGCGGGGGUGGAGACUCAGGUAUCCAAUAAUGUGGGGUGGACUGGGGUCCAAGUUGGGCCGUUGCUUACCACAACCAAUCCUUCCCGGUUCAUUCAUUAUUUCUCCGGCGUUUUUAAGGUUCCUUCAUUGGCAGCUGGCGAUCCUAGGUUCCUGAACCAGUUAAAUGCGGAGGUCACCGGAAAUACCGGGGAGAUGUCGGGGAUGUCGCGGAAGCCGGGUAAGCCGGGAGGUUGGGAGAAGUCCGAGCAGAUUGAGAUUCCCACAUUGUUGACCAUGGCUAAAGCAAAGGAGGGAAGAUUGUUUUAG